AUGGACACCCUCAACGCCGACUGUCUACGGGAGAUCAUAAUAAAUCUCUCGCUAAAAGAUCAAAUAGCAUUAUUGCAGGUCAAUGCAUAUUUUGAGGAAAUUGUACUCUCUCUAUGGUCGACAAAAUACAAAAACAAUAACAUCAAUUUCUUGGAAAGAGAUCUCAAUGAUACAGAAAUGGAAAUCUUUUUCAAAUCCAUAACACAAUUUGCCGAAUCAUUUGAAUUGCGAUUUUUAGAUGAACAUAAAUAUGGAAUAUUGAAGAAGUUCACUUACCCACAAGUUAGAUCCGUGCGCCUAACAACACCUACCUGCUUUAUGGAAGAUGAAGAUGUCUUGGAUUUACAUCGAAUGUUUCCCAAUUUGCAGGUGUUCAGCCCUUAUGGUAAUUUAAGUGGAAAAUAUUUAGACUCCUGGCGGGAUCUGAAGGAAUUAAAUCUUGCCCAUUGCUACAAAUUGGAAUUGAAACAUUUGCAUCGUAUUAUGAGUAAUUUACAUUUGGAACAUCUGGAUUUGAAUAUGUUCCCGCUGUGUAAGCAGUACGAACAAUUGGAUUUGAGAAAGGCCCAUUUGGAGAGGUUGCAGUAUUUGCGUCUGAUUACCUAUGAAUUUUAUUAUUUCCUUUCGAAACCGCUGCCCCAGUUGAAACAUCUCUACAUUACCAAUCAAUAUAAUCCACGUCAAUUGUUCGCUGCCAUUCUCUCGGUGUAG